CGAAGUGACCGUAACCUGACAGGUCGGAUAGAGAGAGAAAAAGAUACAGAUAACUCAGACACAGACACAGAGAGAAAACAGAGCGGAGAGAAGAGAGAGAGAGAAGUUUCUCCCCCCUUCUGAGUUCCCACCUAUCUCUACCAAAUUUUCUCUCCGAUUCCCGGAAAAUCUUUCACUACUGCUUGGUCAGAAUAUUCGAUUGUAUUUAUAUGUUUCAUCUCUGCUUGGUCAGAAUAUUCGAUUGUAUUUUGUUUUGACUCAUUCGAUUCAAAGAAAAGAAAACGCGGCAUGUUAGGUUCAGAAGACAAUGAUCCCAACGGCGACAACAAGUCGUCGUCGUCCUUCGAUCUCCCCUCCUCCGUUGCUUGCUCGAUUUGCCUCGAUUUGGUCACCGAUAAUGGGGACAGGUCCAGAGCCAAGCUUCAAUGCGGCCACGAGUUCCAUCUCGAUUGCAUCGGUCAGUCUGCAUUCAAUAUAAAAGGAGCAAUGCAAUGCCCAAAUUGUCGUAAGGUUGAGAGAGGUCGAUGGUUAUAUGCAAGUGGCUCUGCAUGUUCAUUUCCUGAGUUUAGCAUGGACGAAUGGAUUCCUGAUGAGGAUCCUUAUGAGUUAAGUUAUUCUGAAAUGCCGCUUAGCGUUCAUUGGUGUCCGUUCAGUGGAUUGGCACGAGUGCACUCAUCUUUUGAGGAAGUGGAACCGCCAUCAACAACAUAUCAUAACUUACAGAGACAACAUGCUUUAUUUGCUGAACAUACAGCAGCAUCACCCGUGGCUCAUUCAUAUGUUGCAUACUUCAGGCCUCUUCCACCGGCUUCCUCAAACACGAAUGAGAGUGAAGAUCCCAACUUCAAUCAUCACUGGAAUGGCAUAUCUGGACACAAUGAGAUCUUUACUGCCCACGGUUUUCCAGUGAUUGAUGUUCAAUAUCAGACUUGGGGUCAUCAUUCCCAUCCUUUCUCCACAAGCAGCGCUCAUAGUAACAGCACCGAUCAGGCUUCAGUUCCUCCUCCAACUCUGAGAUCUUCCAGGGGUGAAUAUGAUGCUAUGACAAGAUCUGGGUCAUUUGCGCAUCCAUUUCCUUAUGGUCAUGGAAACAAUCGGCCUCACGAAAGAAUACAAACUUCUCAUGCCAUUCAUCAUCAGCAACAUCUGAGCAAUCCCACAGGCAUACCUUCACCUGCCAUUCCUGGUGUCAGGAGAUUCAAUGGCCCGAGGGGCUUGCCACCACUGGUGCCACCAACCUCUCAAUCUGAUCACACUGGAGGCUUUUUUAUCUUCCCCCCUCCUCCAGGCUCAUCGGGCCAAAACCUCCAUGAAGCAGAAAAUUCGUUGCUGAAUCGGAUCCACGUAUGGGAAAGAGACCGUUCAUCUCAUCUCCCCGUUAACUCAUUUGACAGGGACUCUGGUCGGGGUUCAUUUCAUCACCCUGCCAGUGGCUCUGAUUCUGGCAACAGUUCUGCAAGCUUUUGGCAUAAUAGGCACUGAUCUUGAAAGAGACUCAUUUGCUCGCCUAUUUGCAGGAAUCUAUUAAGCCUAUUUAUCCCGGCUAUCUGAAUAUAAACAACUGGAACCAGGAAAUUUGUAUGAGAACAGAUAUAUAACAAUAUUUGGUUUCUGUAAAUUUUGACAAGACCCAUCUUGUCAUAUAUAUUGCCCGAGAAACUGUAAAAACUGUUUUGGGAAAACUUGAAAUGGGUGAUCAGUGUGGUUGAGAUAGACUUUCAUACAUUCUUGGGAGCUUAAUGCAGGAUAUGGCAACCUUUCAAAGGGGUUAGAUUUGGGCCAAAACACCUAUUUCGGAUUUGGAUGACUUCAAUUUGGAAGGGCUCAUGAUCAAAACUCACAUUGAGUUAUUGUUUAAACUUCUGAUUUUGCCAUUUUUUGUUGU